AUGAUUGAGGUUGCGAGCGCCAUCCCUGUAUUUGGAAGGGAUACGUACAAUGGGUGCUUCCAAAGGAUGAGCGAGGAGUCCCAGACACAGACAGAAUCAAAGAAGUUGGAUGUGCUUCAAGAGUUCUACGAGUCCAGAUGGUACCCUAUAAAGAGACACCUUGUCACACAGGUCAAAGCACGAGGACACUUCGCUGUAGGGGUGCACGAAUUUAACACCAAUGCCCGCUGUCCCCGAUCCCUCUGUGAUAGCUUUUUGGAAGCGCUGUACCCUCGCUCUAAAUAUUGCCGUGCAUGUGAGGUAUUCUUCAGCCGUGACGCAGUAGGAGCGGAAAACAUCGCAAGAAUCGGUCUUGCUCAAAUUGAGAGGCAAGAGAGCCCUGCAAAGUACAAACCCCCGGAAGAGUCGCCUGCUCCGGCUGCAAAGCGCGCACGACGCUAG